ACUUUAAUUCUAACCAACAAAUAAGAAGAGUAACCUAACUUUAUGGUUUCCUGUAAAUUGUACAAUGUCCUUAGGAAUAACUAGGGUGUGUAAUACAGUUUUAAAGAUAAAUUUUGAAAAUGGUGCUAAUUUUUACUCGACAGUUCCCAAGAUAAAAAAUAAAAAUGAUCAACUGCUUAUUAGCUGUAAGCGAAAGCAAUUGGAUCAUUACAGUUCAACGUAUUACAGUAAAUUGGAAGAAGUUCCCCUGGCCUCAAAAGGAUGGAAUCAUUCGAAAGCUAAAAACGACUUUUUUACAGUUCAUCCAUUUGUAGAUAAAAUCCCAGAAGAAACGUAUUCCUUUCAAGAAUGUGGAUUAAAUAAGGAUAUUAUAAGUGUUCUAAAUAAACAAGAUAUUAAAAAAGCAACAGAAUUUCAGUAUAGAGCGAUAACAACUAUAGAGUCAGGACGCCAUGUGCUGUUAGCUGCCGAAACUGGAUGUGGGAAAACGAUAUCUUAUCUUUUGCCAAUAAUAAAGAAACUGAUAGGAAAUGAGGCGUCAAAUUUAAACACUCCCAAAGCUGUAGUCAUUGUUCCAAAUAGGGAACUGGCUUACCAAGUUGGGGAAGUCGCACAAAUUCUUGCAGCAUCUGCUGGACUCAGUGUGAAGAUAGUUGUAGGAGGAAGAACGAAAAAAAUUAUGAUGAAUCCUGAGUUUGAAAAAAUUGAUCUUCUUGUUGCCACUCCAGGUGCUCUGGGAAAACUCUCGAGUGUCGGAAUUUACAAGUUGAAUGAGGUGCAGUGUACAGUUUUAGAUGAAGCAGAUACAUUGAUAGAUGACAGCUUCAUCGAAAGAAUGAACAGCUUAUUAAAAAGAGUGUCUCAAUCACAAAUAAUUCUGGUUUCCGCCACACUUCCUAGACAAUUGCCUGAUGUCUUGAUUCCAAUAGAAUCAACAUUAAAGCAUGUGGUUUCACCAAAAAUUCACAAACCGCUGCUCAACAUUACCCAAAAAUUCCUUCGACUAACAAGGUCUUCAAAACCGCCACAUUUACUCCAGAUAGCCAAGAGCAAUAAUAGUCCCAUGCUGAUUUUCACAAAUAAGAAUGAAACUUGCAACUGGGUUGCACUCUUUCUAAGGGAAAAUGGUGUAACUUGUGCUAAUAUAAAUGGGGACAUGAACUAUCAUAUUAGGGUCGAACAGUGGAACCAAUUUGUCAGAGGUGAUGCUCAGAUACUGUCAGCCACAGACAUCGGUAGUAGAGGACUAAAUACUGUGCAAGUUAGGCACGUUUUAAACUAUGAUUUUCCGUUAUAUGCGGCUGAUUAUAUACAUAGAAUUGGAAGAGUGGGUAGGCUUGGCAGUCCUGCGUCGUGUAAAGCCACAAAUUUUAUAUCAGGAGCGGAAGAAAUAAAGUUGGUACAACAAAUUGAGCUGGCAAUAAGACGAAAUCAGCCACUUGCAAAUGUGGACGGAAAUAUAACGAGUAUAGUACAGAAAAAUAUUGCUAGAAAAUUAAGAGAAACUGCUUAAUUUUUUUUUAUUAUUAAAAUUAUUUAAAUUG